CAGCAGCAGAGGGCAGCAGAGGGCGCAAGAGUGUGAAAAAUGUUCCGAGCCGCAUUUGAACGCAGCACCACGCCGACGUCCAACUCCCAGGGGAGACGGAGACGCCCUCACCUGGUAGACAAACGCAGAGGAGGAGAGGGGGGGAGGAGGAUCUUGAACGCAACUUCCCAGCUUUCAGUGGGUGAAAAACAACCGGCGGGGGAGCCGAAAGAAACAUUAAUUUAAACGUUGAAUAACCAAAAACAUAAACAAGGGCCGACAUGGAUCGAUACUCGGGUUUGGAUUUGGACUGUGACGAAGGAGGCGUGGCUUUUCCUGGAAAACCAUUCAACAUGCAAAAAGCAGCGUUAUUCGGCGGGAUGUUCAAAAAAUCCACCAAGUCCCCUGAAGCAGAGGACAGUCCACCAGUCAGCAGCGAACUCUCGAGGAGCAGCGACAGUCUGACGGACGGCAGCGCCAAGGAGAAAGGAGGCUUAUUUAAAGGAGUGUUUAAGAAGACAACCAAAGCUGCCAAAGACGGGCAGCCGGAGGAGUCCCUCUCGAUACAGAACCCUGGUCUGUGUGUCAGUAGCGACAACUUAACGGACAGCAAGUCCUCCAAGUCCGGCGUGUUCGGUGGGCGACUGAAGCGAUCUCCCAAACUAGGACACGUCCGAAGGCCUUCGCAGGAUCUUUUGGACGCCGAGUUCACGGCCGGUAACGACAGUCUGUCUGAGAACGCCGCAACUAAGGAGAAAGGAGGCGUGUUCAGCGGGAUGUUUAAAAAGUCCCCAAAGCCGUAUGGAGCUAGGACACAAUCUCAGGAGGAUUUGUCCGCAGCCGGCGAGCUCUCGGGCAGCAAAGACAGUCUUUCCGUGACUAGCAACACCAAGGAAGCAGGAGGGGUGUUCAGCGGGAUGUUUAAAAAGUCCCCGAAGGCUUUCGGAGCGAGGACACAAUCCCAGGAGGAUUUGUCUGCAGCCGGCGAGCCCUCAGGCAGCACCGACAAUCUUUCCGUGAAUAGCAACACCAAGGAAGCAGGAGGGGUGUUCAGCGGGAUGUUUAAAAAGUCCCCGAAGGCUUUCGGAGCGAGGACACAAUCCCAGGAGGAUUUGUCUGCAGCCGGCGAGCCCUCAGGCAGCACCGACAAUCUUUCCGUGAAUAGCAACACCAAGGAAGCCGGAGGGGUGUUCAGCGGGAUGUUUAAAAAGUCCCCGAAGGCUUUCGGAGCGAGGACACAAUCUCAGGACGGUUUGUCUGAACCCGGCGAGCUCUCGGCGAGCAACGACGACCUCUCCGAGAGCACCAAGGAGAAAGGAGGAAUCUUUGGGGGCGUGUUCAAAAAGAAAGGUGCUAAAUUUCAGUCUCAGGAUGAUCUGUCUGUGGAUAGUAAACUCUCCGCCAGCAGUGACAGUCUCAUAGAGAAGCCCUCGAAGGGCGGAGCCGCGGCGAAGAUCCUGAAGAAUCCUUUCGCCUCCUCGUCUCAGGAUAAGGAAAAGACCGGAGACUCUAGGGAGAAGACCUCCGCUGCAGAGAAGCCCAAAGCCAAGCAGGAGAAGAACUCUGACUCCGACAGCGACGAGAUACUAGACAAUGGAGAGAGCCGGCCGGGUCACAAACAGAGUAAAUUUUCGGAGGCGAUGGGAAAGAUGAACCCAUUUCGAUCUGCAAACAGACAUGAGAAGCAGACGAGCUCGGAUGACGAGGAGGAGUCCUCCGGCAACAAGCAGAAGGCCCCGGCUGGAGCUUCGCCCAAAUGGAGCCUGUUCCCGUCUGCAAAUAAAAAAGACACUGAAGACACAGAAACUCUCAAGGAGAACGAGAAACAACGGGAGGAGAAGCCCAAACCGCGAGAGAGGAAGAACAGAAGUGAAACAACUCCACUGGUUCCAUCCAGACCAAACGAAGAGGAGAUGAAGAGGACGUCCACACACAUGGAAGCUGUGGAUAAUCCGAGCCGAGCGGACGAUCGAGGCCUCAGAGCAGAGUCGGCUGCAGGCGAGGCGAACCCUCCAGCAGGCAGAGCGACCAAGGUGAAAAAACACAAGCGCCACAACCCGUUCAUGCCGAAUGCGGCCGCCGAGGCUCAGUCUGAUGAUGAAGGGCUGGACGAAGAAGAAGAGGAGGAGGAGGAGGAGGAUCCUUCUUCUAAAGAGGAAAAGAAAGAAGAAGAGGGCAAAGACAACAUCCAGAUCAAAAUCAAGAAACCCAAGAGACACAAUCCCUUCAUGCCUCGGAACAAGGGCAAAGUCCUCCAGAGGAACGCUCAGGGCGGAGCGGCAGGCGACCCGGAGAAUGAAAGAUCCCUGUUUGACCGGCUGGAGGACUUUCGUGUCGACCCAUCACACCCUGAAGACAGACAGGAUGUGGAGAACCUCAUGGAGUGGUGGAACCAAGUGGAGUCUUGGGAGGACACGCCUCAAGAUGACGACAUGACCGAGAAAGAAGAGGCCAAGGCGUUCGCCGUGACGGCAGAGAAAGUGCAGAAGGGCAUCCGCGUGUUCAACAAACUGUUCUCGGAGCGCGCCGAGAUCCUCUGGCAGCACGUCAUCGACCUCAACGGCAUCGCGGACGGCCUGGACAAGUUCAGCAAGAACACCAAGAUCGCUCAGAUCACCGGCGGCUCCACCAGCGCCAUCGGGGGCGUGGCCACCAUCACCGGCCUCGCUCUGGCCCCGGUCACCAUGGGAAUCUCCCUGAUCGUGACGGCGGUGGGGUUGGGCGUCGCCACGGCCGGCGGCCUGACGUCGGCCGGCGCCGGCAUCUCCAACCAGGUCAACAACUCGAUGGACCGCAAGAAGGUGGAGAAGAUCGUGCAGGACUACCAGGAGAAGAUGGUGGACCUCAACAAGUGCCUGAAGUUCAUCAAGCAGGGUAUCGAGAACCUGAAGAAGUUCGACCUGAUGAAGAUGAAGCAAAACGCCUACAACCGCGACUUCCCCGUGCUCAGCAGCAGCUUCUACGAGGACGGCGCCAUGGCCGGCAAGGCCAUCCUCGUCAACGCCAACGAGAUCAUGCGCGUGGUGCAGAUCGCCAACGUGGCGGGCAGCACGGCGGCCCGCGCGGUCCAGAUCGCCAGCAUGGCCACCGGCGUGCUCACGGGGCUCUUCGUGGCCAUGGACAUCUACUUCGUGGCCAAAGACUCCAAGGAGCUCAAGAAGGGGGUCAAGUCGGAGUUCGCCGCCAAGAUCCGGCAGGUGGCGACGCAGCUGCACGACGGCCUGGUGGAGCUCAACGGGAUACGGGAGGAGCUGCAGACGCCCUCGCCGGACGACGGCGGCGGCGGCGGCGGCGAAGAUCCAGCCGCUCCGACCGGCGACGGCAAAGAGAAGGAGAAAUAUGACAGUUCGAGCGAAGAUGAAAUCGACCGCAUUAAAAAAGCCAUCAAAAAGGACUACGAGAACCGAGAGUACGUUUGAAGGAACCGGAACAGGCCUCGCGUUCCUAUUGUUGAAACCAGGCCUAUUUUAUACGAGGAGACAUCGCUCUUGAAUUUACUCACCGGGUGUAGAGGGUGCCUUUUUUAAUUAUUGACACCACCUUUAGAAAUACACUAUCAGGUGAUGUGGCAUUGGUCUAUAUAUAUUUUUUAUUUGACCUUUUUACUAGUCUCAAUGAAAUUGGUCUUGUUUUGAUAAAAAGGUCAUCUGGACCUUUCUGUUGUUGUGAGAAGCAGGAUGAGGUUGACUGACUUCUAUCUGGCUUCACGCCAGCGAUAAAGCACUAAAUUGGGGUUCCACCAUUAAAAUGUAUGGAAUAUCUCAGCCAGUAAAGACUUAAUAAUGUUAGGAAACACCUGUAGGACGUCACCUGAUGGAGCAUCAAAUACUACGAAAGAUAUAUAUCUUUCAAUAUGAAUAAAUAAAGACUGCCAAUUAGUUUCCUGUAA